CCUCGGCCCCCGCAAGUCUUUGCUCUGAGGGGCAGGCAGGACAGGCUGAAAAUAGGAACUGCUGUCCAAAAGAGAAAGGGGAUGACUCCAGCAGAGCACCCCACUCCUUUGAAGAGCUCAGAGGAAGAUGUCGGCCCAGUCCCUUCCUGCAGCAGCAGCCCCUACCCAGAAGCCCCCCCGAAUCAUCCGCCCCCGUCCUCCUUCUCGCCCCAGGGCUGCCCAAUCCCCAGGGCCUCCUCACAAUGGCUCUUCUCCACGAGAACUUUCUCGAACCUCCAAUGAUGUACCAACCCCAAUGUGCACCCCUAUCUUCUGGGAGCCCCCAGCCACAUCCCUUAAGCCCCCUGCCCUUCUGCCCCCUUCAGCUUCUAGAACCAGCCUCGACUCUCAGACUUCUCCAGACUCACCUUCCAGCACCCCCAGUCCUGUGUCCAGGCGCUCCGUCUCCCCAGAACCUGCGCGCCGGUCUCCAGUGCCCCCACCCAAGCCCUCUGGGUCACCCCGCACACCUCUGCCUCUGCUCCCCACGGCCGGGAGCCUGGCCCAGGGUGGCUCUGCCUCAGCCCCAGGGACUGUGCGGAGACUGGCUGGCAAGUUCGAAUGGGGGACUGAAGGCAGGACCCCAGCUACAGACGCCCUGGAGCCAGGUCCCCAAGGAGGAGCUAACGUGAACGGCGAGAAAGAAGCUCUCCAGGGUACCCUCUCUGGGACUGGGUCCCAGGAGAACGGUGCUCCGGAUGCUGCCCUCUCCUGCCCUCCUGGCUGCCCCUGUGUCUGCCAUGUCACCAGGCCUGGCCUGGAGCUCCGAUGGGUGCCUGUGGGGGGCUGUGAGGAUGGUCUCAGAGCCCCUUGCAGGGCCUCCCCACUGCGGGCCUCUCGCUCCCGCCCCAACCCUCCAAGCAUCAGUCACCCUCCAGUUGUCCUCACAUCCUACCGUUCCACUGCCGAGCACAAACUACUGCCACCACUGAAGCCCCCCAAACCAACUCGAGUCAGGCAGGAUACUACCAUCUCUGGGGACUCCUCCCCACAACCAGAUCUCGAUCUGCCUUCUGAAGAUGGAAUCCAAACAGGGGACAGCCCUGAUGGAGCUCCUCAGAACCCUCCCCCAGCAACCAUGGAGGGAAGGGAGGAGGAGGGGCUGAAGGAGCAGAACUGGGAGCUGCCCCUGCAGGAUGAACCUCUAUACCAGACCUACCGAGCAGCCGUGCUGUCAGAGGAGCUGUGGGGCCUUGGGGAGCAUGGGGGUCCCUCUCCAGCAAGCCCUGGAGAAGCUCCCACCUUCACACGGCCCCCUGGACCUCGCAACACCCUAUGGCAGGAGCUCCCAGCUGUGCAAGCCAGCGGCCUCCUGGACACCCUCAGCCCUCAGGAGAGGCGCAUGCAGGAGAGCCUGUUCGAGGUGGUGACCUCAGAGGCCUCCUACCUGCGCUCCCUCCGGCUGCUGACGGACACCUUUGUGCUGAGUCAGGCGCUCCGGGACACGCUGACCCCUCGGGAUCACCACACGCUCUUCUCCAAUGUGCAGCGAGUCCAGGGAGUCAGCGAGCGGUUUCUAGGGACGUUACUGUCCCGCGUGCGCUCUUCCCCCCACAUCAGCGACCUGUGCGAUGUGGUGCACGCCCAUGCUGUGGGGCCCUUCUCAGUGUAUGUGGAUUAUGUGCGGAACCAGCAGUAUCAGGAGGAGACCUACAGCCGCCUUAUGGACACGAACAUGCGUUUCUCCGCGGAGCUGCGUCGGCUGCAGAGCCUGCCCAAGUGUGAGCGUCUCCCGCUGCCGUCCUUCCUGCUGCUGCCCUUUCAACGCAUCACCCGGCUCCGCAUGCUGCUGCAGAAUAUCCUGCACCAGACAGAGGAGGGGUCCAGCCGCCAGGAGAAUGCCCAAAAGGCCCUGAAUGCUGUCAGCAAGAUCAUUGAGAGAUGCAGCGCGGAGGUGGGGCGCAUGAAGCAGACUGAGGAGCUGAUCCGGCUCACCCAAAGGCUGCGAUUCCACAAAGUGAAGGCUCUGCCCCUGGUCUCGUGGUCCAGGCGUCUGGAAUUGCAGGGGGAGCUGACUGAGCUAGGGUGCCGGAGAGGGGGCGUUCUCUUUACCUCCCGCCCCCGCUUCACUCCCCUCUGCCUGCUGCUCUUUAGUGAUCUGCUGCUCAUCACCCAGCCCAAGAGUGGGCAGCGACUACAGGUUCUGGACUACGCCCAUCGCUCCCUGGUCCAAGCCCAGCAGGUUCCAGACCCAUCUGGACCCCCUACAUUCCGCCUUUCUCUUCUUAGCAACCACCAGGGUCGACCCACGCACAGGCUACUCCAAGCUUCCUCCCUGUCAGACAUGCAGCGCUGGCUGGGCGCCUUCCCCACCCCAGGCCCCCUUCCCUGCUCCCCCGACACCAUAUAUGAGGACUGUGAGUGUUCUCAGGAACUGUGUUCAGAGCCGUCUACACCUGACAAAACUGAGAGCCGAAGUCUGGAGUCCAGUGCCCCCCUGAAGCAUCUGCACAAGAACCCUGAAGGUGAGAGAGUCUUUCAUGUAUUCUCCCCCCCACACCACCACCACCCAGAGGGUACAUACAGUCACCAGAGACAGAGAAAGAGGGAGAAAACACGAAAAAUAUGCCCCAACAGGACGUUGUCACACCACAGACCCUUCUCCUCCACUUUUCCAUCCUGUUACGGAUAUGGGGCACACAUGCACAUGCACCCAACCACCUAGGGCUGGGGUUUGAUCUGAGGUAGGCUAUGUGAGAUCUGGCUCCUAUAACUACCAGACCCCAGGCUAAUCUGUCAAUACAUACUCUUUCUUUUUAUUU